AUGCCCCUCAAUGAUGCGCAGUUCUUGGCGCUCGUGAAAUCCCUGGCGCAAGAGCUGCCCUCAGCUUUCCCAUCACGCUGCCGUUCGGCGAUCGAGGAGCUCUCCGAGAAGGGCACUGAAAGAGGAAAAGACCUACCUCCAGAUCUUUGCAAAGCAGUCCUGACCUUCGUCUGCUCAGUGGCAUCUCCGCGUGUCGCUGCCCAGCCGGAACUGCAGUUCCCCUGCUUGGAGCUCUUGGGACGAGCAGGCCUGGCAGUGCGAGCCUACGAGGAGGAUGCCAGCAAAGCAGAUGUGCAGGCGUUUUUCUUCAAGCUUCUCAAGAAGGAGGCGAAAACCCAGCCGGCCUUCAAGCCGAGGGUGAUGGUUUUCCUGCUGCAGUACCUGCUGCGAUGGCUACAAUCCAGCAAUGCCCUGAAGAGCCUUUCGAAAGAAGGUGCCUUCAAGCCCGAGGUGAUCACCUCGCUGCUGGAAGCUUUGGCUUCGGAGAUGGGCAAAUGCCUCCGAUGGCAGCAGAAGUGGCAGCUCAAGGCGACCCGGGCCUUGCGAAAAGUCCUGGCCACAACUCGCGAGGUUGCAAUGCCUUGGGCGCUGGCCUACCUCAAGAAGUCCGAGGACCCCCCCGCGCUGCUGGUCGCCGCUGUCACCACCAGUGAAGGCGUCGAUCGUGCAGCUUUGGUCGAGCUCUACACCAAGCAUGUCCUGGAGGCCAAGAAGCCCUUAGCCGAGUUCAGUCUCGCCGCAUGGGGUCCAGCAGUGACUGCUGCCAGCGCAGAGGAGUUUGAAAAGCAGCUCCUGCCAACCGCGAUGCGCAUGAUGAAGCGCCAGCCUGCCGCCAGUGCAACGUCUUUUCCUGCCAUGGUGAGCAGCGCGAAGCUGGAUCUUUCGUCUCAGGCCAAGGAGUUGCUGGAGCUCGCGCCAGAGAAGCUGAAAGACAAGGAGAAGCGCUUGGCCGGCCGACAACUUGUCCGCGACGUGGUGGCAAAGUCGGCUGAUUUGACGGCGCUGGUAGCAGUCGCUGAGUCGUGGGCAGAGCUGGCGAAGAAAGCGGGAAAGAUUGACGAAAAGCAGGCAACAUUGCAAGCCUUGGCCGAGCUUGCAAGCAAUUUGCCCAAGAUGGAGGAAGCAACAGUCGCAAAGCUCAUCGACGCGAAGGGUCCUUUGAUCAAGGUCGCGGCUGAGGAUGCAAACGAAGAAACGCGAUUCCUGGCCUACACAGCUUUGGGUGCACUGGCCGUGCUGCUGCCAUCCUCAGCGCAAGACCAGGUCGUGGCUGAGCUGUUGAAACCGCUGGCCGACAAGAAGGCACCGGAACGUGCGCGCCUGGCGGCGCUGACGGCCAUGGCACAGGUGGCACAGCAAAGCGAAGGAACUUCUCGAACCUGGGCCGGCAGCUUUGUGGAGAAGGCUCUCCCUUUGCUGACUUUGGCCUCCACCAAGCCGGCCCAGCGGAUGCAGAGCCUCUUGGCCUGGGCCACCGUUGGAUCCUUGGCCAAGGCUGAUCCCGAAGCCUUGAGUUCCAAGCUCAAGAAGGACCAGUUGACUCUGCUCAAGGAGAGUGUCUCUUUCCUCAAUGCUCUGCCUAUCAUCCAGAAAGCCCCGCUCGCGGAGCUGUCCGCUCAGGCUCAAUUUUGGCGAGCGCUGCUCGCAGGUCUGAUUCCUGGUAGCCCAUCUUUGGCAGAUGCGGCGAAGGAGGUCUCCUGGUUGGCUCUGCCAAAGAAGCCGUUCGGGGAAACACUGCCCAUUGUGCGCAGCACAAUUGUACUUCUCGCAGGCCUGCACAGUUCCUCUCCCGAACGCGGCCUUCGGACCGAAUCGGAGGCAAACAGGCCGAGCAAAGCCAUGAGCCUGACGACCAUUAUUCAGCAGCUGAAGGACGAGGACGCCAACAACAUCCUUCUGCUGUUGGCAGAGGCGUUCAUCGCUUGGCUCGCUGAGAUGGCUGCGCUUCCCAAACCACAACGACAGGUAAACAGCAGUGCCCUGCGCGACAUCUUGGUCGAUCUUUGCCAUGCAGCUGCGACAGCCUCUGGCCCGCUUCGCCCGGAAAUCGUGUGCUUGCUUUCUCUUGCCGCUCACCACCCGCUGCUGGGUUCGCGGCACUGGCCGCAACUGAAACACUGGCGAUGGCUGCGCUAUAGGGGUCCAUUGGCAGCGUGCUUCGAGAAGGGGCGUUCCGAUGUUUGGGCAACUCUCCGCGAGCUUAUCUUGGCCGGCCGAGCUAUUCCUGGGACGGAUGCCAGUGGCUGCCGUCGUGCCGCGAUCUCUUUGGCAUCCGCUUUUGAAGGCGACGAGCCUGCUCUGCACGAGGAAGCCGCGGCGCUUGUUCGCGAGUGCGUGGCGGCGUUGCCCACGGAGCAGGUCAGUGCUGAAGCACUGGAGGAUGUGAAGAUCUUCUUUGCUCCAGAGGGCGUUUUGUGGAUUGAGGAGGGCGUCUACGUGGCUGAAGAACGGGAGAACAAGAACCUCACGAAAAACAAGUACCUUCAGGGCUUUGAGGAAGAGGAGACGAAGCAAGGGCCUUCUGCAACACGCCUGAAGUUUGCGCCCAAGGACAGGGACAAGCCGAAGGAAAGCAAAGCAAAGGACGGAAAAGACACAAAGCCCGGGAAGGGGAAGAGCAAGGGCGCCGCUGCAUCAGAGAAGGGCGCCAUGACACAGGGUCAGAUAGAGGAGGCAAGGAUCCAGGAGCAGUCCGAAACGAGAGCGCGCAUCCGACGCUAUGUGGACGAGGCAUGCUUUGGGAUGGAUGUGAUGGUCUCACUCGCCAGGAACGAGAGCAGCAAACAGGCCUUCGAAGAGCUACUUCCGGAACUGGUGCCCAAUUUCCUGAAGCUGCUGCAGUCGCCCCUGACCGUCCUGCAAACGAGGAGGUGUCUUCGCAGUCUUGUCAGCUUGGUGGUGCCACGGCAAAGCAUCGCUAGGCGCGAUUUGCUUCCGGAUGCGCUCAUGGUCGUGGGCAAACGUUGGCUGGCUCGCAGCCCGGCCAGCGCUGGCACUCCUGGAAAGGAACGCGUUUGUGAGGUCGUGCUGGAUGGUGUGGACUCUGUCAGAAAGUUGGACAGCUGUUCCAUGGCGCUCAUCUUCCCAAUCAUCAUCCGUGCCCUAUAUGAUGGCGGGUCGCUGCUUCAGGUCUUGUGCACUCGCGCUUUGCACCUUCUCGAGCAUCAGCUGGCGCUUGGGUUGGAGGUGUCCGAGGAGACAGCCAACGAGGUGUUCGACUCUUUGAGCGUCGUGCUUCUCGCGUUGCCAGGCAUGGCACACAGCACGCAGGCCACUAUGGCCGCAGCCUGCAAGCACAUGGUUGCAUCAACGGAGACUUUGGGCAAACUGGCGCAAAUGUUCUUCUCCGAUGAAGAGUUAAUGAGGGAGUCAGUGAUCACUGCCUUGGGAGUCUUGCCGGAGAAUUUGCAUGUUCAGGAGGGAGAUGUUGAUGCUGACGCCGCGCGAGCAGUGUUGAGGCUAGGAGCUUUAGACAAGGACUGUGCCGAGACUGCCAAAAAGACCUUGGACGAGCUCCAACUGGAAGCUGAUGAAGUUCUGAUGAUGGAGCUCAUUGAUUUUGCCAGAGAACAAGGAAGCGUUGGCAGGGACAUCCAGGAAUUGAUUGCCAAAGCGCUGGCAGAGGUGCUUCAGGAACUGGAUGACCCCAAGUUUACAGACACCGCGCUGGAUUUAUUGAUGCAGCUCUUCCGCGAACAGGCAGCACCCAGGAUCACCAUUGCGAGGUGUUUGGAGCGUAUGUACGCCACCAAUCUUCAAGGCGUAGACCAGGUGAACGUUGCCUUUGAAUUCAUCCUGCGGCAAGGGCUGGGCCUGACGAAUGGCUCGACCACUGAGGCUAGCGAAUUGCGGGACGUGCUGCUCGCUGCAGGCAUUACUCUCAUCGAGCAGCACGGGGAGGAAUGCGCCGAAGAUUUGUACAAGACUGUGGAAAGCUUUGAAGAUAGUGCGGGCGCAAAAGCUGCAGGCGAGUCCGCCUCUUUGGGAAUCGCCGUGUUCUUGGGCGCGCUCUCCAAGCACUUGGGCAAGGACAACCCCAAGGUGGAGGAGACGAUCCCAAGGCUGCUUGCAAGGCUUUUGGACAAGUCAUCGACUCCUUCCGUUCAGGACGCCAUUGUGAAGGUGAUGCCGCCACUCAUGAAGGCCAACAAGGAGCAGGCCGCCGAAGCCCUUGAGCAGCUCCUGGAGACGGCCCUGGCACCGAAAACGGAUCCGGUGACCCGUCGAGGAGCAGCCAUGGGUCUUGGGGCUACCGUCAAAGGUUUGAGCAUCCAAGCCGUGUCGCAGUACCAGGUUCUGAAGCGGAUCGAGGACGUUGCAGAGGACAAGAAGAGUGCCGCAGUGCGCGAGGGCGCCGUUCUUUGCUUGGAGGGUCUGGCCGUGAAUCUGGGCCGCCUCUUUGACCCCUACACCGUGAUGUCACUGCCCAUGCUGCAGAGGGCAUUCUCGGACUCACAGCAGACCGUGCGGAAAGCGUCCCAAGUGGCUGCGAAUGCCAUGAUGUCACAGAUCAGUGGUCCAGGCGUGAAGCAGGUGCUGAAACCACUACUGGCUCCGAUCGAGGACCGCAACUCGCCGUGGCGCACAAAGCUGGGCAGCAUCGAACUUCUGGCAUCAAUGACAAGCUGUGCCAGAGAGCGGCUGGGAGCUUGUUUGCCACAGGUGGUGCCAGCUCUUUGCAACGUCAUCAACGACGAGCACGCGAAGGUGAAAGAAGCUGCCCGUGAAGCUUUUAACAAGAUCGCAAACAUCAUCAAGAGCCCAGAACUGAGAGCCAUUGCACCGGAGCUGAUCUCGGCGCUGACUGAUGGAGCGCAGUACGAGCACAUCACCCGCGAUGUGCUGGACAAGCUUUUGGGUACGUCUUUCGCAACACAUGUCGACGCACCGUCCCUUUCCCUUGUAUGUCCCGUCAUUCAGCGUGCCCUCAAAGAGCGCUCUGCGGAGAUGAAGCGGAAAGGGGCGCAGAUUGUGGGCUCCAUGGUAAUGCUGAUCAAGGAUCCGAAGGACAUACAGCCUUACCUUCCGCUUCUUCUACCUCAGCUGAAGCUGACCCUAGUUGAUCCCAUUCCUGAUGUGCGGGCGACCUCUGCGAAGGCUUUCGGCAUACUGGCCCAAGUCUUGCCGGAGGACAUGCUUGGCGAUGUGAUGCCCUGGCUCUUUGAGAUGCUAAAGUCCCCCGAGUCCAACGUCGAGCGCACUGGAGCUGCACAUGGACUCUCUGAGGUUCUGAUGGCGAAAGGUCCCGAGCGGGUGCAGGAGCUUUUGCCGGAUAUCCUCUUGAAUGCGAGUGACAAGGAUGCAGAACCACUGGCGCGAGAGGGAUACUUGGGAUUGUUCGAGUACCUUCCGCCUGCCAUGGGAAGCAGUUUCGAGCCGUACCUCGAAGAGGUCCUCACAACGCUUCUGGAUGGCAUGUCCGACGACACUGCAUCUGUGCGAGAUACUGCUUUAAAGGCAGCGCAGGUAAUCAUCAGACACUUUGGCUCGUCCCAUACUGCACUUCUGCUGCCGCCCCUGGAGGAGGGUGUUUUUGUGGUGGACUGGCGUGUUCGACAUGGAGCCAUUCAAUUGAUGGGGCAACUGAUUCAGCAGAUCUUACGAGCACACCGCAUUCCGACCAACAGUGCCGAGCUGAUGCAGGUCGAGGCGCUGCCCAAAGAGUGGCGAUGUCACAUGCUGGCUUCUUUGUACAUCGUGCGCAGCGAUGAGAAUGUCAUGGUCAAGCAGGCAUGCCAGCAGGUGUGGAAGGCCGUUGUGCAGAAUCCACCGAGAACUCUGAAAGAGUUGCUGCCUACUUUGAUGACGCGCUUGAUCGCCAACCUUGCCUCCACAAAUCGUGAACGGCAGCGAGUCGCAGCUCGCUGUGUUGGUGAUCUGGUUGGCAAACUCGGAGAGCGCGUUAUGCCGGAGCUGAUGCCGAUUUUCAUGGAGACGCUGUCGGAAGGUGACACGCAUGUGCGGGAGGGCGUGUGUCUGGGGCUGGCCGAGCUCAUCAAUGCCACCACGAAGGAGUUGCUCACGACAUAUUUGGAGCAGCUUAUCCCCGCGAUUCAGCAAGCUCUGAUUGAUGAUGAUGAAGCCGUGAGGCUUCAAGCAAGCACUGUCGUGGCCCUGCUUCACAGCGCGGUCGGUGCACGUGCAACCAACGAGAUCGUGGAAUGGCUGCUUGAUCAGCUGAUGGAGGAGGUUGUUGAAGAGGGCGACCUGUUCGUGCUGGGACUGGAGCAGCUGAUGAAGAAGCAGCCAGGAGCAGUAAAAGACCUGGUCCUCAGUCGUUUGACCUCUCCUGGAGAAGACGGUUGGACCAGGUUGCAGGUGCAAGGGCUGGCCUCUCUCGCGGUGGUUCCUGACAGCCACACAGUCCACACACACCUGUCGGACGUGAUGCCCGUCUUCAUCAAGGUGGCAAGCAUCGAGGACGAGGAUCAGCCCGAGAUGCAGGAGAUUGCGAUUGAGUCUGCGACGCGGGUGAUGGACGCGGUGCAACAAGACGGCUUGACGUUGUUGAUGACGGAGCUGCAGGGGCCGAUGCAGGACAAGAAAAAAGCCUCGCAUCGCAGAGUGGCAGCACAGCUUCUGAAGCACGUCUUUGAGAACACGAGCUUAGAGGUGGUGUCCGUCCUGAGCCUCAUACUGCCAGCACUGUUACCAUCGGCGCUUGCGGAUGAGGAUGACGAGGCUUUGGCUACAUCUAUGGCAGCACUGAAUGCCAUCACAAAGAAAUGCAAGAAAGAGGAGCUGGCCCCGUACUUGAACGAUGUGCGCUCGGCCGUCCUCAGCCUCAUCACAGACAGCCAAACCAAGAAGGAAGACCCGGACAUCUUUCUUCCAGGACUUUGUGACCACAAGGGCUUGGAGCCUCUCUACCCCAUUUAUCAGCAUGGGCUGAUGUAUGGGACUGCUGAAGCUCGAGAGUUGGCAGCAAAAGGUCUUGGCGAACUCGUCAACCACACAACGGAAAAGGCAUUGGCACCCUAUGCUGUCAAGAUCACAGGUCCGUUGAUCCGCAUUGUCGGUGACAAGUUCCCUGGCAAUGUCAAGAAGGCGAUCGUAGACACUUUGCAGGCCCUCCUUAUCCGCGGAGGUGAGACACUGAAGCCUUUCCUGCCGCAGCUGCAGACAACCUACGUGAAGUGUCUCACAGACCCGCCAAAUUCAGAGGCAGUUCGUCGCAAAGCUGCAGAGUCCCUUGGACUUCUGGCACGAAGGGCUGCGCGCACCGAGCCACUUAUCAAUGAGCUGAGCGCUUUCCCCGGCAACUCGGACCCAGCUGCACGAGUUGCACUCGUCGUCGCCCUGGGCGAGGUGCUGCUCAAUGUGAAGCAAAGUCCAAGUGCGGCCGUCCAGGAAAAGGCCUUGAAUGCCGUCGUGUCUCGUGGCUCCACUGCCGACGCUGCAGCUGACGAGCGGCAGGCCUGCGGCUGGGCUCUGGGCAUCUUGCUGAGGAGGCACAUGCCAGCGGAAGAAGCCGUGGAAGCAUUUAAUGAGAAGGUAUCGCCGGCUGUGACCGAGAAGGGUCCCCAGCGCAGCUUUGCUGCUUUCGCAUUGGCAGGGAUCUGUUGGAUACAGCAGCCGAACCUCGCAGAGCCAGCCGACGAGUCCUUGAUGAAGCCUGCAGACAAUGUGUCGGUGUCCUGCCUGCCACAGCUCUUGAAGGACAAGGAUGCCGAGGUCCAGGCUGCCGGACUGGCGUUGGCCGCCAGUUUGGCGAAGUUGCACGCGCAGAGCUCUGGAUCUUUGAGCUUUGACCCGCUGAAAGCAGCAGCGGAACGCAUCGCCGUGCUGGUCGGUUCAGGCGAUGCGGCUGUCCCGGGCCGAUUGCCCGUCCUGGCUGCACGUCACUUCCUGGCAGCCUGCACGCUUGAGGCGAAAGGAGUCUCCGUGAGUGUCGCUGCUGCGCAAGUGGCUGCAGCUGUGGCACAGCGCAGUGCUGCCUGGGAGGAUGCAGAGGACGGCGAACGUGCUUUGGCGGCUGCUUUGCCGGCCGAGAGCCGCAACGAGGAGGGCGCGAAGGCAGCACUGGAGAAGUUGGCAGGAUGCCUUGAUGGCAAGGCAUCGCAGGCGUUGAAGACCUUCGGAGCCGCAAGAAUACGAAGCCUGUCGUUCUUCACUGGUUGCAGCGACUUCGCCUGGGACCUGUGA